UUUUGUGGUGGCGGCGGGCGUCGACGGGGUCUGACGCCUUUGUUGUGACGCGGCGCGGCUUUUUGGCGUUGAUAGGCUCGAGCACCUCUACACGCGGCGCCGGGCGUCGUAUUGUUUCCUCCUGACUGCUGGGAGAUGUGUUUGCUAAGCGCCCGGGCGCGCCUCGCGUUUCUUGCAAGCUGGCCACCGGCUGGGGCUCGGGAGCAGUCCACGCGUGGCUGGCUGUGAUUUUUUGUGGCAGCUCAGGACUCGCGGGCCCAGCCAAGCCGACGCCUUUUUUGCUGAAUUAUUUAAGAGGCAAAAACAGCUCGGCCAAAUCACGUCGGCAGCGGACUGCGACACGCCCGCUGGCGCUAGGAACGUCGUCGACAGCCCAAACGGGUCCGCAAUCCAAUUUGUGCUGCGCCGCGCGCGCGGCCAACACGAAUUAGCCUCUCCCUGAGACAGCUCCUUUUUGCAGCCAACACGCCGCCGCCGCGCGCGCGUACCAACAACCAUGGGCGAGGACGACAAGAAGGCUGCGGCGCCGUCGAAAUUCAACAUCAUUUCUGGGAGCCAGCACGUCAUCGUGAGCAAGGCCGGGUUGUUCCAGGUCGUCUUACUACUCCUAGCAGCCUUAGGAGGUACUGUAAUAGCCGAGAAGCUACGCUUACAGAGAAACAAGGCGAGACAGCGGGAUCUCCACUCGGGGAUCAAAGAAACGAACAAGCGAUUGGGUGCCGAAAAAGAGGACUACAAAAAUAUCUUCGGCCAGAUGUCCAAGCAGCUCGACGACUGGCGGUCGGCGCACGACUUGAACGUCGAUAGCAACAGGGAGCGGCUGGCGUCGUUCAAGGAGUCGUCCGAAGCACUCAUGAAUGGCCUCGACGACGUGAGGACAGUACUAGAAGAAAAGGAGUUCCAGCUCUGGGAGAAAGAAGGUUUAUUGGAGUAUCAGGAAGAAAGAUUAUUAGAUAGCGAGGACCAGGAGGUGCAGAUGGCGCUGUACAUCAACAUCCUGGCGCGGUCGGUGCUGGCUCUCAACUUAACUUUGCCGGAAGGGCUCGAGGAGCAGCCGUACUACGGCGAGAGUCGCGCGCGGGCGCCGGGCGACGACGACGCCCAGCGGCGCCGGAGGUUGCGGGCCGUCGCGGCCACGCCGGCGACGAGCGCGUACCGGGAGUUCCUGCUGGCGCAGCAGGCUUCGCGGCAAAAGAAGUGAGGCUCGGCCUAAGUAUGUACUUGAUC